AUGUGCAAGGGCCAGGGGGACACCGUCUCGACGCGUGACGUCAUAUUCGUCAAGCCACGAGCGAUGGAGCAACGUCCGUCUGGUCUGGACGACGCGAAAUACAUACAUGUAUUCAUCGUUGCAUACAUUGAGGAAAGUAGUCAUCAUUGUGGCCUGAAAGAAAAGAGGCAGCGACUGUUCGCGGACGACGACCACAACAAUUCGACCAUGACCGAGAAAAAUACAACAGGCCAUGCAAAAGUGACGGAGCGUCUCAAGAUGCGAAUACAAGUCCAGCUCAAGGGACUUGUUCGUCUUUCUGAUCCCACAUUCUUUAUCCGGCAGCUUCAUCUGUCCAGAUGCGGUACUCUGACUCUUUGUUCUGGAUCUGUGCAAUUGGAUUCACCUCAAAUGGUGACCUUCAGCAUGGAUUCAGGACCUUACUACCUGAUUAAUCUUCUCGAUGGCACUGGUGCUCCAUUGGGAGCUUGCACAAAUGGCCUCGCUGCGCCAGCUGGAACUGGUCUCCCGCCGAAUGUACACUGGAUGCGACAAAGAUGCACAAACCACACAAGCCCUUACCAUGCGUGGCCUAAUGAGGAUGUAUGCGGCCAGUGCUACGACAUCACCACAGGGCUAGCGAGUGCUACUGCCGUCUACGAAGCCUUGACGAAGAAGUCGCCAGAAGGCCGUCCGGAUGGCAAUCCGAUGAGAGCGGGAGAUCCAUCGACUCGACCGUGGCCAGUGCCAGUUGUAGGUGCUGCGGGAACUGUAUUUGACGCUUUCUGGACAAGAUUAUGUAGACCAUGUGAGAGGACCGAACAGGAAAGGUUUGCUCGUCGGAUUUUUGACCUCAAUAUCGGUGUUCCCUCUCCGCCGUCGGCUCGCCAAGCAUGGAACUACCCAAUGAAUCUUUGCACCUGCAUCAGAGCUGUCGGAUGGCCUGGUCCAGGACAACCUCCUAUACCUGCCAAUCAUCAACCUCCUCAGCCACCAGGCGGAAUUCCAAUCGCAGCUGUAAACGUUCAGCCACCUGUCGAUUCUGUAAAUCUACCAAUGGCCCCCGCUGGAAUGCUUAAGGAGAGAUAUUGCCUAUCUGACCAUUUGGACAUUGUGAAUGCAUUGUUAGCAGCAAGAGAAGCCAAUGACCAGACGGCAGAAUCUGCAUUGCAUCUGGAGCUACCAAACGACGGCGGCUUGCCACUGCGGUGGCGGAAGUACUACUGUAAGCUUGCUCCAUCGUCCAUAUUCGCGUCACAGCUACUGACAUUCUUAGUUGUAUGGGAUGCGAUGGGUACAGGAUGGUCGAGGCACCCUAGACCGCGACGAUCACGUCGGAUACGGAACCAGAUGAGUCCUGAGGGUCCUCAGCCUCGGGGAGCUGGAAAUUUGGGACUUCAAAGGGCUAGAGGUCAAUUUCUCGACAAUCGAGCCUGA